AUCUGCGCGUGCGCAGCCCGAGUGUCUGUCCCCGAGCGCUGCGUGCAGCAGGGAGGCCGCGCCGCGCCGCGCCGGCCCGAUCCAGCCGCGCCCCCAGCGCCAUGGCGGCCUCCUUCCGGAAAGCGGCCAAGGCCGGGCAGCGGGAGCACCGGGAGCGCGGACAGCCCCGGUUCCGCAGGCAGCUGGGCCUCCUGGAGAAGAAGCGGGAUUACAAGCGCCGAGCCGAUGACUAUCACAAGAAACAGAAUGUGCUCAAAGCACUUCGCAAGAAAGCCCUGGAGAAAAAUCCUGAUGAGUUUUAUUUUAAAAUGACCCGUGUGCAGCUCCAGGAUGGAGUUCAUGUAAUUAAGCAGCCAAAGGAAGAGGUGACCCAGGAACAGCUGAAGGUGAUGAGGACACAGGAUCUCAAAUAUGUAGAAAUGAAAAGAGUGGCAGAGGCCAAGAAAAUCGAAAGGAUGAAAUCAGAGCUCCACCUGCUGGAUGCUCAGGGGACGCAAUCAAACAAGCACGUGUUCUUUUUUGAUACCAAAAAAGAAGUUCAAGAAUUUGAUGUUGCAACUCACCUGAACACAUCCCCAGAGCUAGUGGACAGAGUGUAUAACCGACCUACCAUUGAAACCCUGCAGAAGGAAACAGUAAAAGGAGCCACUCACCCUGCCCAUUUAAAGAAAUUAGCCCAACAAAGGAAGCACCAGUACAGCCUCCUGAAACAGCGCAUUGAGCGUGAAAAGAUGAUGUUUGUUAUUGCUCAGAAAAUCCAGGCACGCAAAGAUCUCUUGGACAAAACUGCCAAAGUGAAGGUGAAGAAAGAAACCGUAAAUAGCCCAGCUGUUUACAAAUUCAAAUUCCAACGGAAACGUUAAUUUUUCUGUGAAAUAGUUUUUGACGUCCUCAUGUAGAUCUAAUUGACAUAACGAAUAUGUUUCUUCUUGUGGAGAAGUGCUGGUAUUUUGUCAGUAUCAGGCUUAUUUCCACUGCAGUUUAAUGUUUUGUCAAAGUAAGCCUUAUGGGUAUUUGUAACUAUAACACCUUCUAUUUAAUAAAUCCAAGAAGAUUUCUGCUUCA